AUGUUACCUAACCCAGUUAGUGGUGGUGGUGCGAUAUUGAACCUGGUGGUCCCUGCGCCCCCUCUCUCUUCAGCCAAGUUUUCGGAGGGUGGCUCUGGAAAGGCUGCAGGCCUGCAGGAUGGAAGACAGCACGUUCCGCAUGAAUGGUGUGCUACAGGACCCUCCGGUCCCGCCCCAGGGCCCGGUGAGAAGAAGCGGGCCCCCUGGGACCUGAAAGGGCAGGUGAGCGACCUCCGUGCCAAAGUGAGCAGCUUCAGGGAGAAGGUCCAGGGGCUGGACGGUGAGAACCAAGCGCUGAGGCAGCAGGUGGCCGGCCUGGAGCAGGAGCUGCAGCGGGUGGCAGCCCAGAACGGGGAGCUGGGCUCCCGGGCCAGCUCCCUGGCCUCAGAAGUGCAGGUCUGGCGAGAGCAGGCCAAGGAGAGUCUCCAGAAGGUCUCCGAGCUCCUGGCAAGGGAGCAGCGGCUGGAGGAGACGGUGGGGAGCCAGGUGCGAAGCAUUGGGGAGCUGGAGGCGGCCCGGGAGGAGCUGGAGGAGGCCAACCGGGGCCUGGCCGCCCAGCUGAAGGACACCGAGGUCCGGCUGCACCGUGCCGAGGGGGACCUGGCCCAGCGAGGGCGGGAGAACGAGGCGCUGCACUCUCAGCUGGCGGAGCAGGACCGGCGGCUGCACGAGUCGGAGAUGGAGCGCCGCUACCUGCACAACACGGUGCAGGAGCUGAAGGGCAACAUCCGGGUCUUCUGCCGCGUCCGGCCGCUCUUGCCCGGCGAGAAGCAGGCCCAGAAGGGGAUGGGGCACCUGCGCUUCCCUCCCGACGACAACAAGGCCCUCGUGCUCUCCAAGGCUGAAGAGUCCCACGUCGGGCGUGAGCGCAAGGAUGACAUCACCUACGAGUUCAACUUUGACCGGGUCUUCCCACCCUCCAGCUCGCAGGAAGACGUGUUUGAGGAGAUUACUCUGCUCGUGCAGUCCGCCUUGGACGGGUACCACGUCUGCAUCUUUGCCUACGGCCAGACGGGGAGCGGCAAGACCUACACCAUGGAGGGGCCGGAGGACCUGGCCCCCACCACGGCCGGCAUGAUCCCCCGGGCGGUGCAGCAGAUCUUCCGGGCCGCCCGCCAGAUGGAGGCCAAAGGCUGGGAGUACCAGUUCACAGCCAACUUCCUGGAGAUCUACAACGAGUCGCUGCGGGACCUGCUGGUGUUGCGGCCUGAGCGGAGCGGCGACCUGGAGAUCAAGCGGGUGAACCAGGCCACGGAGGAGCUGCACGUCCCCAACUUGUCCUACGUCCCGGUCGCCUCAGAGGAGGAGGUGCUGAAGCUGUUGCAGACGGCCAAGGCCAACCGGUCUGUGGCCAAAACCAUCCUGAACGAGCGGUCCUCGCGGAGCCACAGCCUCUUCCAGCUCCACAUUGAGGGCCAGCACGCCGGCCGAGACGUGCGCACCUCCUCGGUGCUGAGCCUGGUGGACCUGGCGGGCAGCGAGCGCCUGGACAAGUCCCUGUCGAAGGGGGAGCGGCUGAGGGAGACCCAGGCCAUCAACAGCAGCCUCUCCAACCUGGGCCUGGUCAUCAUGGCCCUCAGCAACAAGGAAGCCCACAUUCCCUACCGGAACAGCAAGCUCACCUACCUCCUUCAGAACUCCUUGGGUGGCAGCUCCAAGAUGCUGAUGUUCGUGAACAUCUCGCCCCUGGAGGAGAACUUUGCAGAGUCCCUCAACUCCCUCCGUUUUGCCAGAAAAGUGAACGAGUGUGUCAUUGGCACCGCACAAACCCACCGGAAAUGAGGGCACGACUGGAUGCCACGUCGGAGGUGUUGGCUUCACACACACCCCUUUUAAAAGUCUGAUUCCUUUUCUUUGUAAUUUUCUAAUACGUAUGUUGAUCAUUAAACUUUUCGUAUC